AUGUCUUCCGCUGGGAUUCGCCGCCUGCUGCAGCCACCAAACACUCAGGAUUCGGAUACCCGAGCUCUCGCAUACCUCAAUGACACCUACAAGUCGCUCAAUGACAUCGAGAGCGGCGAAGACCUCGACGUGAUGGUAGAGCAGGCUCGACGCGAGCUCGAGGGUAUCGAAACGAAGCUCGCGCACUCGCAAGCCUGCACGGAAGCCGUGAUUGCACAGACGCGCGAACAAGCAUCUGCGCAGCUCCAUACCGCACAAGAGCUCGCGCUCCUUCGGCACUCCCUCGCCGACGAACUCACGUUCCUCUCUGGGGAGCUCGUCUCGGACCUUUCCCAGCGCGAGCACGGGGACGUUGAAGGACCCACACUGCUGGAGGACCUCGAGGCGCUGCACAGGAGCUUAAAGGAGCUUGAGAGUGUGAAGGGAUACGUUCAGGUCGUGGAGCAUGCAAUGAAACUCAGCGAGGCCGCGGUCGAGCAGGUGCGCACAGCUGGGACCGCGACGGUUUCGGAGUAUCAGAAGCUGCAAGAGUUUGUCAAGUCGGUUGCCGCAGCGUGCGAGAAGGUCGAGACUGUGGCCAGCCAGCCGGACCUGCAUAUACUUGGCUUCCUCGACAAUGUGGUCGAGCAGACGUGGAGGGACAUGAAGGGCGUACUGAUGACGACGCUGCUGGAGGUUGCAGAGAAGCUCAAGUGGCCGACGAAGGUGGACUACAGCGCAGCCUCCUCGGAGGAUCGAAGGGCUUUCGAGACUGCCUUCUAUAACUUGCUUAAACUGCAGACCAUCGGGGCGAAGAUCCGAGACUCCUCCAAACACAACGGGAAGGAAGGAUUGUAUCCAAUCCAGGCUCUCGUACAAGCUAUCUUGCAGCGAUUCAAGUUCCACUUUGAGGGUACGAGACCAACUAACCGCAUGGACAAGCCGGAAUGGUACUUCACGCACAUCGCGAAUGAAUCGCACGAGCACAGGCCAUUCAUGGAGUCAAUAGUGCAAAGUUUGCUUUCCUCAACGGAGUAUCGCACUAUCAACGCCUGGCGCGAGUUCACCAACCUGCUCCUCCCUGUUCUGGAACGCAAGAUCCGCCGCACCAUCCCUGCCUUGCUCUCGCACCCUUCGAUCCUCGCGCAUACGAUCUACCAGGCAUUGUCAUUUGAUACCGCCAUUCGAGAUGAAGGUUUCGGCAUUCAGGGGACGACUGCUGCUACCGGGAAAGAUGGAACGGAUGCUUGGAGAGGUAUCAGCGAGAUAAUUCUCGGCAAGAAGGAAUGGCUCGACGCUUGGGUAGAGGGCGAACGCAAGUUUGCUAUGGACCAGUACUUUGAGAUAAUCAGUGCGCCUGAUGCAUGGCUCAUUGCGGAUGACGAAGGCGAAGACGAGGCACCCUCGUGGACAGCUGGCCGUGAACUGCGACCAACCAACUCGGCUCGCCGUGUCAAGUCGCUGGUUGAGCAGGUCACAGACCGUUACUCCCCGCUUCCCGAGUACACCCAUCGCACUCGCUUCCUCAUCGUCGUCCAGCUCCCGCUGCUCGAGUCGUAUCUUGGUCGCAUAUCCUCAUCCUUGGACGCUUUCGAAACGUUAUCCUCAUCGCUCAUGCGCGCCGUUCCUGGAGCUCUUGGUGCUGGGGAUGGCAGGGGCGGUACUGGCAAUUUGACCUCCGGAGUCGAAGGCACGCAGCGACUCUGUAAAGCCCUGGUCAGCGCGAAAUACCUUGCUGGCGUGAUGGAGAUGUGGGGUGAAGAUCUGUUCUUCUUGGAGCUUUGGGAGGAGAUCAACCGUAGAGCUGCAUUGCGUACAAAAGCAGGAACUGUAGCGUUACUCCCCAAUCCGAACGGCAGCGAAAGUGAUUUGCCGGAAGGGACCAUCUUCGAGGAGCUUAUACGGCUAUACUCCGCAACAACCGGGCGCGCAGAGGACAUGGUUGCUGGGAGUGUCACAAGUGAGAUUGAAAGCGGACUCAGGCCACAUCUGCAGGGCGGAGCAACGCAGCAACCAACGUCUGAGGACUCUGACGACAUCGCCCUGGCUCAGACCUUGCUCGCGCCCCUUGCUCUACUCUCUUCUCACCUCACCUUCCUCCGUGGCACGCUCCCUCGGACGACGGUCACGUCGCUCUAUCGGCGCAUUGCGUCGCGGCUGGCAAUGCACCUCCUGCAAAGGCAAAUCCUCUACCGCGGCCGUGCGCGCGCGACACUACACGAAGCCAAAGCUGUUCUCGCGGAGGCAGAGCUGUGGGUCGAGACCUGCCGCGUCGCGCUCAAAGAGGACCGCGGGCGCGUAGAGGCUCCAUGGCGACCGUUCCUGCAGGCCGCGCGAUUGCUCGCUUGCGAGGGCGACACCUGGGGGAAGAUCGUGGACGCGACUUUUGCGGUGGCGAGCGACAACGAGUGGGAGGACGUCAUGCUCGACGUUGUAGGUUUAAGCGAGUUCCCGCGAGAAGAGGUCCAAGGCAUCCUGAGGAGACGGGAGGACUGCGAGCGCUGA